AUGAGCUCGGCGAUCACGGCAUGCUUCCAGCGUCACUGGACGGUCGAGCCGCCGGCAAAGACGCCAGAGGAAAUCGAGGCCGAAAAAUACCUCAUCUGCAUCCCGCUCUGGGGCAACCGGUUCCUCACGGUCAAGUCGAUCCCGUUCAACCGCUGGUACCUCUUCGCCGCGUCGUUCCUCUGCCAAUUCUGCUGCGGCUCGCUCUACUCGUGGUCCAUCUACAACGUCCCGAUCGACACGUACAUCUACGACGACCCGAAGGCCGGGAAGGCCGUCUACACCUUCUACAUGGCGUGCGGUCUCCUCGGUAGCACGGCCGCGGUCCUUGGCCCGUGGCUUGAGCGCAACGGCCCGCGCCGCGGCCUCUUCCUCGGUGUCUCCAUGUUCUGCGCCGGCUACGUCAUCGCCGCCAUCUCGCUCUGGGCCAAGUCGAUCAUUGGCAUCUACAUUGGCUACGGCAUCAUUGGCGGCUUUGGCCUAGGCAUCAACUACAUCUCGCCCGUCUCGGCGCUCCAGAAAUGGUUCCCGGACAUGCGCGGUACGGCGGCUGGCUUUGCGGUCGGCGGCUUUGGCGCGGGCUCCAUCGUCUGGGGCAAGGUGUACCUCCCGGCCGCGAAAGCGUUUGGUCUCCCCGGCUCGUUCGUUUUCCUCGGUGUCUUCAUGUCGACAGUCAUGUUCGGCUGCGCGGUCGUCAUGCGCACACCGCCGCCGGGCUUUACCGCCGCCGGCAUGGACAUCCACGGCGUCCAGGAGUCGAGCAAGCUCCACGAAGACUCGACGCUCGCCGAGUCGCCCAAGCACGGCGAGGUGGGGUGCGUGCAGUACACGGAGCUCUCGGAAGCGCAUGGCCGCCAAGUGCACGCACCGACCAUUUCGGUACACGAGCUCAACCAGGACAACUACAAGAACGUCAAGAGCCUCAAGCUCAUCGACUGCCUUCUCUCGGCCGACUUUUUCUUCAUGUACUUUAUGCUGGCGGGCAACAUCGUCUUUGGCCUCGUCGCACUCUCGCGCCUCUCGUCGAUGGCGACCGAGAUCUUCAAGCAGACGCCGGACGAAGCCGCGACGGUCGUCGCGAUCAACGGCGCGUUCAACUGCUGCGGCCGCCUCUGCGUGCCCAUGGUCUCGGACGUCCUCGCCCGCAAGUUCAAGCUCAACCCGCCCUUCACGCGCAAGAUCAUCUUCUUCUGCACGCUCACGAUCCAGAUGGUGAUUCUGCUCACGAUGCCCAGCAUCAUGCGCGAAGCCGACUACGACAGCUUCCGUGCCGAGAUCUGGGUGCUCACGCUCUGCUACGGCGGCGGCUUUGGCACGAUUCCCGCCUUCCUCACCGACAUGUUUGGCGCCUACAACAUUGGCGCGCUCCAUGGCUUCGUCCUCACGGCGUGGUCGAUCGCCGGCGUCGGCGGUGGUCUCGGCUUUACGUUCUACUACAACGACCUUGUCAAGAACCAAGGCGUCUCGAUCCCGGAAGCGUACAUUCAGAACAUCCACUGGAUCGUCGCGACCGUCAUUGUCGGCUACGUCGCGCUGUUUGGCGUGCGGACCAACCCCAUCGACCGCUUCGCACCGGGCUACCAGUACAGCAUCUGCGGCAAGCCCGUCCUCCGCAUCGGCGCGACGCCCAAGACCCACUGCCCCGUGUAA